UUUGCGCCAACUCCGUGGAGAGGAUGUAGUAGCGGGGUCUGGGGGGGUUGAGGCGAAGGGUUCGUUUGAAACAACAAUAACAACAACAAUAAUACGGUUUGUAAAGGAAUUAUAAUACAAGCAGCAACAGUGUGGAAUACCUGGUUUCUGGUGUGAAGAGGAACGAACGGGUCUCGGAUCAACGUACUGGGUUGUUGUUGAGAUGGCGGGCAGAGGCUCCGCGGAUCACAGAUUCUCUGUCACCGGCUACCGCGGCUGUGGGGGGCGACCUAGGCUCCAUGUCGGCUAGGCCUUGCAAAGGCCGCUUCUCUGGAGGAUAUCGCUGCUUGUGUGGAGACGUGUCACAAGAUCUGCGAAAGUAACAGAACGAGAGGACAAGCCGCUGGAUCCAGAGAGAAGGAGGCCGAGAUAGUCGCGCCACCCGGACACUCUGCACUUGGAUUCUUUGUGUUUGCUUUGCUCGCCUGCUUGCGUGGAAGACAUUUCCCCAGUUAAACAGGAUUUUACAGUAGUUCGUGGCGAAAAGGAGCUACUCGCUGUAUGAAUGUGGGACAAAAUGGAGACAAGAACGAUUGUUUACGAUUUGGACACGUCUGGGGGGUUAAUGGAGCAAAUCCAAGCCCUGCUCGCGCCACCCAAAUCAGAGGAGGGCGAGAAGAGGUGCAGAAGGCCAGAGAAGGAGCCCAGAAGAAGCGGUCGGGCCACCAAUCAUGACACCUGCGACAGUUGCAAGGAAGGAGGAGAUCUUCUAUGCUGUGACCAUUGCCCCGCAGCCUUCCACCUCCAGUGCUGUAAUCCACCUCUGAGUGAAGAAAUGCUACCUUCUGGUGACUGGAUGUGUCAUCGCUGUAUGGUUCGUAGAAAGAAACGUGAGCAGAAAAAGGAGUUCAGCCAAAUAAAUGGGUUGGUAGAAAAAACAUUUGGAAAACGGACUGCUUCCCCCAUCACGGAACUUGAGUUGGGUGGAACAGAUAAAGCAACUGUGGUGCGACUGGACAGCAGUGGAGGAGGAGCAUUCAGAGCAGCCAUAAGUCAUGUUAAGCUGUUAGAAAGAAGGGCCAGCAGCAGACCAGGAACUCCAACCUCCAAUGCCAGCACGGACACACCAACUCCAUCUGAGCAGAAUGAUGUAGAUGAGGAUAUGAUGGAUGUCGAAGAUGAAACUCCUGGCUCGGAUCCAGACUAUACAACUCCAGUGUUAGGCACACCUCACCUCAAACGGCCCUUUGAACUUCUUAUUGCAGCUGCCAUGGAGAGAAACCCAACACAGUUCCAGCUUCCUAGUGACCUCACUUGUACAACGGCACUGCCAGGUACUAGUAAAAGACGACGAAAAGAGGAAAUGACUGGAAAGAAUGUGAAAAGGCCGCAGCAUGAACUUGACCACAAUGGACUUGUACCACUGCCUGUCAAAGUUUGCUUCAGUUGUAACAGGAGCUGUAGAGUAGCACCACUGAUCCAGUGUGACUACUGCCCUCUACUGUUCCAUAUGGACUGUCUAGAGCCACCUCUAACGGCAAUGCCAACUGGCAGAUGGAUGUGCCCCAAUCACAUUGAGCAUGUUGUGCUGAACCAAAAGAAUAUGACCCUUAGCAACCGGUGUCAGAUUUUUGAUCGAUUCCAAGAAAGGGUUUCCCAGCAUGCCAUUAAAGUGGAUUUUCUCAAUAAGAUUCAUAGAAAGUACCCCCCUAACCGGAGAGCAGCAGCAUUACUUAAAAAGAAAGUUCUGAAGGUUCCAGAUGCAAUAAAAUAUCAGUACCAGUAUCCCCCAUGUCUUCUGGCACCAGCUGGUAUCCGUCAUGGUGAGCUGAUUUGUAAUGGAGUUCCAGAUGGGUCGCAAAAGCAACUUUCUCCUUCCCAGCACUUAACCAGCGAGGCAGAGCAGCAUGAGUGGCUCCGCAGUGUUAUUGCACUUCAGUGUAGCAUUUUGAGACAUUUAUCUGUUAAACAGAUGCCAUCAUCGUAUUGGAAUUCAGAACAGCAGGAAAAGCUAGAUAUUAAGCCUUGCCUUUCAGGAGAUGGCUCAAUUGGUAGCUCAUUUUUGGCAGCAAACAGGACAACAGAGCCAAUGUCAUGUUCAAAAUCUUGUAGCAUACCAGUGAGCUCCUCAGGGAUGUCUGCUCAGAACUUUGCAGUCUCUGUAGAAGGUUGUGGUAACAAUUGCUGUCUUGAAAAGCCUUGUCGGUCAAAUGCUUGUGGAACAACUAAUGGACCUGUGGACCCUGUGGCUAAAGCAAAUGGUACACAUUUAUGCAGCACUUCAGUUGAUGGUUGUCGACAGACUGAAAUUCAGCAAAGACUUGUUGGAGACACUAGUCCUACGUGGCUAAGUCCCCAGACACCUCCUUCUGUGGCCUGUGGUAUUCAGAACCAUGUGUCUGUAUCUUCUGUAAAGACAGAGAAUGCAUUAGGCUGUAGUCCAUGUUCUCAGAAAGCACCUCUCACUGCCACAAGUGUGCCUGCCUCUUCAGCCAACUCCUGUGCCAACAUGGACUCCACCAUAGUCACCAGCAGCAGUAGCAACCUUUUAGGUACUAACUUCUCUGGAAUUCAGACAAAUAUACCCACAAGCAAAAAUGCAGGAGGAACAAAGGCAGCAGUUUCAGAAUUCUUGCCAGUGUCUUCACGACGGUUGAGUUCACCCACACCACCUGCAGAUGGUAAACUUAGUCCUGGCACCAUGUCAUCAAGCAGUGGCACAGCACUAUCAUCCCUUUUCUCUACAAGCUCCUCAGCGGUGGCUGAUAUCACCAACUCCAUUAAAGCUCUCAUAGAGGGGAAUGGAGAAAUUGAAUUGAGUAAGCUGGAUGAGAAGUUUGUCAAGCUCUUGGCAUGGCAGAGAAUCCAGCAGCUUUUUGCUGCCAAAGGUCCUAAUCCUCCCGUCAAUCAGUGCAAUGCACCAGUAUUAAAUGCUGAAGCACAAAAUAAGGAAGUGCAAACACGAGCGAUAUUUUAUCCACUUAUGGGCAAAGGAGGAGCAGUGAACAUGUGUUAUAGGACUCUGUACAUAGGAACUGGUGCUGACAUGGAUGUGUGCCUUACCAAUUAUGGUCACUGUAACUUUGUGUCAGGAAAGCAUGCCUGCAUAUUUUUUGAUGAGAACACCAAACAUUAUGAGCUACUAAACUACAGUGAACAUGGAACAACGGUAGACAAUGUCUUGUAUUCUUGUGACUUCUCUGAAAAGACAUCUCCUGUCCCAUCCAGCAGUGUCGUCUCCAAAGUACAAAGUGUCAUACGGAGGUGCAAAAAACAGGAGGAGGAAUCACAAAACAAGAAAGACGACGAAGAGACUGUUGAUGUGAUGAGUAGCCGUGCUCAGGGCCCUGCCAGAAUGCCUUGUAAUUGCAAGGCCAGCAGCUCCAGUCUAAUUGGAGGCAGUGGUGCCGGAUGGGAGGGCACUGCUCUUCUACAUCAUGGCAGCUAUAUUAAACUAGGAUGCCUCCAGUUUGUCUUCAGUAUAACAGAGUUUGCCAGCAAGCAACCAAAAGAUGACAUUAUUUCCGCCUUCACUCCAAAGGGGACAGACACGGAUGAAAAGCUUUCACUCAACCUCCAUCAAGUGCCAGUGUUGCGGUCCAAUUCCGUUCCUUAAUUUGGCCUGCAAGGCUGCAUUAAGAGUGUGGGCAAUGCAAUUAUGCAGACUUGCUGUAGCUAUGAAGCAUUGUAUAGGGACAACAGUUUUUAAAUGUUCACACGUUUGCAUGAAAAUGAAGUACAUCUUUUUGUUUUGUUCAGAUUUACUGAGCAAAUUGCACAUAGAAUUUAUACAAUUGAUUUUUUUUAAUGCAAAAAGCAAUUGUUCUAGAUUUGCAUUAAGAAGAAAGAAGGGAUACUUUGAUUGUCCUCAUCAUUCUAAAUGAUCUAAGUUGAGAUAAAAAGGCAGUUUCCAUUUAACUUGUAAUCAGAAGACUUGUUCUAUUUUGUGCCAGUAAGGAUAGUUUUUAUAUAAAAGCGCUCAAGGUUUUUCAUAUGCAGAAACAUAUAUCUACUCUUGAUCAUUCUUUUUAUUUAAUGUAUAAGAAUCUAUAAUAUCCAGACUCUCUGUUGCUACUUUUGCACUACAGUUAGUUUUUUUUCUUUGUUGUUGUUGUUUUUUUUUUUUUUUUUUUUUUUUUUUCGUAACCCUCUUUUUUUUUCAUUCAGAAUUCAUCAAGGACAAUAAAAGACCAUAGAGUUCAUGUACAUACAUCAUAAAUGGCAGUGUUUCAUUGGAUUUUAAAUGUGUAAAAUGCUACAUGUAAUUUGACAUGGAGCCUCUGUUGUGUUGUUAUGUAUCGUAAAAGAAACUUGUUGUAACUUGUUCAAGUCUUUUUUAUUUUUUGUUUUUUUUUCCAAUACAGUAGUUCAAAUGUAAAUAGUGACUGUAUUGUUUUUAGAUUUUACAGUUGGACACUUUCAUUUAUUCUGUAUAUAGAAAACAAACUUUGACUUCUGUUUCUGCUUGUCUGUUAUAACUGUAAAUACAUAAAGAUUUUUU